GCUCCUCCCCGCGGGGUCCGCGCACCUGCGCCGCUUCCGCUUCCGCCGCCCCCCCGCCCGCGCCCCCCGCCCGGCCGCGGACAUGGCCCUGCAGGAGCUGGCGCGGAGGCUGGCGGCCGUCGGCGCGCGCGCGGAUGAAAUCAUGCACCAGGACAUCUCGCCGCUCUGCGCGGCCGACAUCCAGGACCAGCUGAGGAAGCGCUUCGCCUAUCUGUCAGGUGGCCGCGGGCAGGACGGCAGCCCCGUGAUCACGUUUCCCGAUUACCCGGCCUUCGGCGAGGUCCCGGAGAAGGAGUUCCAGAACGUCCUCACCUACCUCACGAGCAUCCCCAGCCUGCAAGAUGCUGGCGUGGGGUUUAUCCUGGUCAUAGACCGCAGGCAGGACAGAUGGACCUCGGUGAAGGCGUCCAUCCUGCGCAUCGCGGCCUCCUUCCCUGCAAACCUGCAGCUCGUCCUGGUCCUGCGCCCCUCGGGCUUCUUCCAGCGGACACUCUCUGAGCUCGCCUUCAAGUUCAAUCGAGAUGACUUUAAGAUGAAGGUGCCGGUCAUAAUGCUGAGCUCAGUGCCCGAACUCUACGGCUACAUCGACAAGUCCCAGCUGACCGAGGACCUGGGAGGGACGCUGGACUAUUGCCACUCCAGGUGGCUGUGCCACCGUACGGCCAUUGAGAGCUUCGCCCUCAGAGUCAAGCAGACAGCCCAGAGGCUGCAGAGCUUCGGCACGGAGCUGGCCGAGACGGAGCUGCCCAAUGACGUCCCGGCCACCAGCACCGUGCUGAGCGCCCAUGCUCAGAAGAGGGACCGGGCAAAGGAGGAGAUGAAGCUGGCACAGGAGGAGGGACAGAGCAUCCUGGAGAGCAUUCGAGAGCCACUGGUCAAGGACACCGAGCACAGCCUGAACCAGGACCAGCUGGACAAUGAGAGCACUGUGCAGAGACUCCUGGCGCAGCUGGACGAGACGGAGGCAGCCUUUGAUGAGUUCUGGACCCGGCACCAGCAGAAGCUGGAGCAGUGUCUGCAGCUGCGGCACUUCGAGCAGGACUUCCGCGAGGUCCGAGCCGCUUUAGACACCCUGGCCCAGAAGAUCGCCACCUUCCACGACGUGGGCAACAGCCUGGCACACGCGCAGCACCUCCUGAAGGACCUCACCGCCUUCAGGGAGAAGUCGGGGGCUGCCGUGCAGCGGGCCCAGGCCCUGGCCCGGGAGGGCGAGCGCCUCAUCGGCACCAAGCACUACGCCGUGGACUCCAUCCGCCCCAAGUGCCAGGAGCUGCGGCACGUCUGCGACCAGGUCGAGGCCGCGCUGGACAGGCGGACGGCGCUGCUGGGGCAGUCGCUGGAGCUGCACCGGCUCCUGGAGGCGUCCAUGAGGUGGUGUGAUGAGGGCAUCUUCCUGCUGGCCUCCCAGCCCGUGGACAAGUGCCAGUCCCAGGAUGGCGCCGAGGCCGCCCUCCAGGAGAUUGAGAAGUUUCUGGAAACGGGUGCAGAGAAUAAGAUCCAGGAGCUGGGCAGGAUCUACCAAGACUACGAGUCCAUCCUCACCCCGGAUCUGAAGGAGCACGUGCAAAAGGUCUUCCAGAAGCAGGAGAGCACCGAGGAGAUGUUCCACCGCAGACAGGCCAGCCUCAGGAAGCUGGCGGCCAAGCAGACGCGGCCCGUGCAGCCUGUCGCCCCCCGGCCCGAGGCGCUGAGCAAGUCCCCCUGCCCCUCCCCAGGCGUCCGGCGCGGGUCUGAGAACGCCGGCCCUGAGGGCAGCGCGUUGCGGAGGCCGUACAGGAGGGCCAAGAGCGAGCUCAGCGAGGGCCGGCAGGGCCGGGGCAGCUCCACCGGCGACGAGGAGGAGAGCCUGGCCAUCCUGCGGAGGCACGUGAUGGCCGAGCUCCUGGACACGGAACGCGUGUACGUGGAUGAGCUGCUGAGUGUCCUGGAGGGCUAUGCCGCAGAGAUGGACAACCCCCUGAUGGCGCAUCUGCUGCCGGCCAGCCUGCACAACAAGAAGGACGUCCUGUUUGGGAACAUGGAAGAGAUCUGUCACUUCCACAACAGAAUAUUCCUGAAGGAACUUGAAAAGUACACAGACUGCCCGGAGCUCGUGGGAAGGUGCUUUCUGGAAAGGAUGGAGGAGUUCCAGGUGUACGAGAAGUACUGCCAGAACAAGCCGCGCUCCGAGAGCCUGUGGCGCCAGUGCUCCGACUGCCCCUUCUUCCAGGAGUGCCAGCGGAAGCUGGACCACAAGCUGAGCCUGGACUCGUACCUGCUGAAGCCGGUGCAGAGGAUCACCAAGUACCAGCUGCUGCUCAAGGAAAUGCUCAAGUACAGCAAGAGCUGCGAGGGGGCGGAGGACCUGCAGGAGGCGCUGAGCUCCAUCCUGGGCAUCCUCAAGGCCGUCAACGACUCCAUGCACCUCAUCGCCAUCACGGGCUACGACGGGAACCUGGGUGACCUGGGCAGGCUGCUGAUGCAGGGCUCGUUCAGCGUGUGGACCGACCACAAGAAGGGCCACGCCAAGGUGAAGGACCUGGCGCGCUUCAAGCCCAUGCAGCGGCACCUGUUUCUGCACGAGAAGGCCGUCCUCUUCUGCAAGCGGCGCGAGGAGAGCGGCGAGGGCUACGAGAAGGCGCCCUCCUACAGCUACAAGCACUCCCUGAACAUGGCCGCUGUGGGCAUCACGGAGAAUGUGAAGGGCGACUCGAGGAAGUUUGAGAUCUGGUACAAUGCCCGGGAGGAGGCGUACAUCAUCCAGGCGCCCACAGCCGAGAUCAAGGCCGCGUGGGUGAGUGAGAUCCGGAAGGUGUUGACCAGUCAGCUGCAGGCCUGCCGAGAGGCCAGCCAGCACCGCUCCCUGGAGCAGUCCCAGAGCCUGCCCCUGCCAGCAGUGUCCAACACCAGCCCCUCCAAGGGCUCCACGAGGAACGUCCAGAAGCUGGAGGAGAGAAAAGGCGAGAACCUGAGUCUGGAGGACGACACGAGCCCCGGGACACCGCCCAAGGCGCCCGAGAAGGGCAAAGCUUCUCCUACCAGUCCUGACAAAAAAGCUAAGCGGCAUGAAGUAAAGAGCGACCCGACCCCCUUGGGUCUGCGAGGCUGGAACAAAGCGUCUGGCCCGCCCGAGGCCCCAGAUGACGAUGGCUGGUCCAGUGCGGAGGAGCCCAUCAACUCCUCAGACGGGGAGGAGGAGGCAGGCCUGGGUCCCAGGAAGCUGGCUCCCGGGAAGUUCAGGGUGGUGGGCGGCGAGGAGAAGGGCAGCCCUGAGGCCCUGGCCCUGAAGAGCGGGGACACGGUGGAGGUGGUGCAGGAGGGCGACGCUGGCCUUUGGUGGGUGCGUAACCUGACGUCCAGCGGGGAGGCCUGGGUGCCGGCCAGCAGCCUGUGCGCGCUCCUGGGCACGUCCAGCCCCGCUCAGUGUCUGAGCGGCCCAGUGGGUGAGGGGACGGCGCUGUAGGAGCCCUGCAGAGACCCCGCAAGCCCAGGACGACCCUCCGGGGACAGCGAGCAGCAGCCUACUGCGCCCCGUCCGCCGCCGGAGGGGCCCCCAGGACGCCCCCGGCCCCGCUGAGACCUCCGAGCACCCGGCAUCACUGUUUACAUGAAACGACGAUUUGAUACUCUUUUGAUAUGAAACUAUUUUUUGUUACUGGGGUCCACGCUGCCGUACGGGCCGGGGCCCAGAUGCCCCCCAAACCGGGCAGCGCCCACACACAGAGAAGGACCCUGUACCUGGGCGUGUGCAUUUCCAGAAGGGAACUGUCAUUUAAAAUAUUCUUUUUCUAUUUAAAAAAAAUGGGGGGCUCAUGGUUUUUUAAAG